AUGAUGUCACAUAGGAGAAAUGAAAGUUAAGUGCAGACACUUCGCACUUCUGAAAUUCCUUUCCUUUCAGCAGGACACAAUCUCCUGGUUAAAGCUUUUAUAGGCUUUCUUUAAAAAUCAGCACAGUGUCAGUCAUGGCUUCCUCCAGCAGUGUCCUGUGUGAAGAUCAGCUCCAGUGUCCCAUCUGUCUGGAUGUGUUCACUGAUCCAGUCUCUACUCCAUGUGGACACAACUACUGUAUGAUCUGUCUCAAAGAGUUCUGGGACAGCAGUUCACACUGCCAGUGUCCGGUGUGUAAGGAGGAAUUCCCUAAACGUCCUGAACUACGUGUCAAUACGUUCAUCUCUAAACUGGCUGCUCAGUUCAAACAGCAGUUUCCCGUGAAGACUAAGAAGGUUCUGUGUGACUCGUGUACUGAGGAAAAGCUGGAGGCUCUAAAGUCCUGUCUGCACUGUGGUGUUUCUUACUGUAACAAUCAUCUGAUGCUCCAUAAAACUACAGCUAAACUCAUGAAGCACAAACUGAUCGACCCUGUGGAGAACCUGGAGGACUACAUCUGUCAGAAACAUGAGAGACCCCUGGAGCUGUUCUGUAGAGACGACCAGAUGUGUGUGUGUCAGUUCUGUACUGAAGGAGAGCACAAAACUCACAACACUGUUCCUGUAGAGGAGGAGAGUGAAGAUAAUAAGACCGAGUUAUGGAUGAUACACAAAGUCUUUCAGCAGAUGAUCCGGGAACGACUGAAGAUGAUUGAAGAAAUCAGACAUAAAAUAGAACUCAAAAAAAAAACCAAAGAGAAGGAGAAAGCAGACUUUGUGGAGAUCUUAGGUAUUCUGAUGAUCUGCAUUGAGAGAAGCCAGACUGAGCUGUUUAAGGUGAUGGAGGAGAAGCAGAAAGCAGCAGAGAGGCAGGCUGAAGAGUUUAUUAAAGAGCUGAAGCAGGAAAUCACUGAGCUAAAGAGGAGAAACACUGAGCUGGAGCAGCUCUCACACACUGAGGAUCACCUCCACCUUCUACAGAUUUACCCGUCACUGUGCAGCCCUCCACACACCCAGGACUGGACUGAUGUCACAAUUACCACUCAUCUUAGCGUGGAGACUCUGAGGAGAAAAAUAAUUCAAGAAUCACUAAAUAAUGGGCUGGAGAUGUUUGUUCAAAAUGAACUAAACACAAUCCAACAACAUGCAGUGGAUGUCACUCUGGAUCCUGAUACAGCGAAUCCUUCUCUUAUCCUGUCUAAUGAUGGCACAGAGGUAACGUGUGCAAACAUAAUAAAGAAUCUCCCUGAUUCCCCAGAGAGGUUUGAUCGUUGUGUCUGUGUGCUCGGAAUGGAGGGAUUCACCUCAGGGAGAUUUUACUAUGAGGUGCAGGUCCGAGGGAAGACCAGGUGGGAUUUAGGAGUGGUCAGAGAGUCUGUAAACAGGAAGGGACUAAUUACAGCCUGCCCUGAAAAUGGAUUUUGGUGUGUGUCUUAUAAUCAGACUGAAUAUGUAGCUCUGGAUUCUCUUUCCAUCCCUCUGUCCCUGAAACAGGCUCCUCAGAAGGUGGGGGUGUUUGUGGAUUAUGGGGAGGGUCUGAUCUCCUUCUAUGAUGCUGACGCAAAGUCUCACAUAUACUCUUUCACUGGCCAGUUGUUCACUGAGAAACUUUAUCCAUUCUUCAGCCCCUCUCUCAAUGAAGGAGCUGAAAACUCAGCACCACUGAUCAUCUGUCCAUUAAGACAAGUCCAAGACUAGGUUUUUAAAUAAAGCUGGUAAAAUACUUAGAACUAUGAUAAUAAUUUUUGCCCUUCAUGGUUAGUGUCUUUAAUACAAUUUUAAAAAUGCUGAUAUAUAAAUAUAUUUAUUUCUACACUUGUGCCUCACUUUGUAUUUUUUUUUUUUUAAUUCUUUUACUGCUAUUGAUGGUCAUAUGAGGAUCCCAUGAAGAACUGCACUUAUGCAAAGCCUUGUUUCAUUUUGUUAGUUUCUCAGAGUACUUAUUCCAGGAAUCUUACCGUAUGCACUCUUGCAUUUACUACUGUUUACUAAUAUUCAAAUUAUUUGCUGUCACCCAAAAGAUGACAGGUUUGGAUUCCUUUCAAGGUGCCUCUCGUGUCAACAUUUGGCAUCCACUUUUGUUUCUUCACUUCUGAUGUCUCUGGCUUUUUCAUUAAGGCAAUUGCACCACCUUUCAUUUAAUAAAAGAGAACUAUUUUUCCGA